GGCAACAUAUCAGGAUAUAUUAAUCCAGUUAGACAGAUGGAUUGGUACAAGCCAUUGCUCAUACCAACCCCAGACGAUGAUCUCGUCGAUCAGCCUUUGUCAAGGGCAGGGGUAUUCAGACUAUCUCCCGAGCAAGCAAUAUGCAUAAAGAUCACAGCAGUGAUUAUAUUGGAUAGAAGAAGCUCAUACACCACACCACAGUGUACGUAGUAUAUCAGCGAGUGUUACUGUUAUUACCAGCACACUGCCCAGAACCACACAUUCAGGCAAAGCCUGAGAAAAAGAAAAGGAGCUCGAGGAGCUGCCCUC